AUGAGCGAUUUUGGCGACCUGGGCUCAAAAAUGAGCGUUAAUUCACCACUGCUACGGGCUCAGUCAUCAUCUCCCAAGAUAGUUGUUGGUAAUGAUACUGGCGAUAACGUCUCGGAUUUCGAUUAUUCCCGUUAUAAUCGGGGUGGCAGCGUCAUUGGCCAGGAUACAAUACCUGAACCGGAUUAUGCGCUGAAAGUGGCAUAUAGGACAUCAAUAUUCUUCCAUGCUCUUGCAAUCUCAUUGACCAUUGCUUCUAUUUAUUAUCCAAGGUGGUUACGAGGAAAAACCAUUAGCGAUGGCACAUCGAGUCCUAUAGCAUACUCAUACAUAGGACUUGGUGAACAAUGCUUGGAUGGACAGCCAUGUACCAAGUUUCCAGCACCAUCCGACUGUCGAAAAUAUGGAGAAGGAUUCUGUGCAGCGUGGCAGUCGGCUGCUUUUGCCAUGUGGGUAUCAUUAGUGUUCCAGACCACGUCCGAAUUUGCACUAAUCUGUACCGUGAUUAUUGGUACCAAACCAAUAAUUCGUAGAGGCUGGAAACUAAUUUGUAUAUUAGUGGGCAUUUCCAUCCUGUUUCAGUUUGUCUCGACCAUCACUACGGCACUUCUCCUUGAAACUACACCUAAAUUCCACGGCCACGAUAAUCGCAUCUGGGCUCUCGGCACCGGCUGGGGUUCAGCAACUGUAUCAUGGGUCCUGAGUUUAUUCAUAACAAUGGGAAUCUCCAUUGUGGGAAUCAUGUCACAAAGUCCAUCAGACGGCACCGACGACGGCGAGCUUUACGAUAACGACCUCGACUCAUUCACCACCGACGGCGACGGACUGCCUCGCGACGACUUCUACUACUACAAUCGCCAGACCCGGCGCAAUUAUCUAGCUUGCAAUACUUGA